AGUCGGAUCGAGAUGCUUCCCACAUGUGGAAAUGGUAUUUGUAUCCAUGUUUCCCUAGUUGGUUCCGGUUCUUGUUUGAAUUGGAUCUGAACUGGCGAAAUCCAGCGCACAGCACUCCGCAAAGUAUAAGCGAAUGACCCCAAAAUGAAGCGCAACUCAAAACCUCACUAAACCCUACUACGAUACCUCCCCGGUCCCCCUCCCCUCCAUGGCCUGAUUCUUUCUGCCUCACCGCCGCCGGAGGCGGUCAAACGAUGCUACCCCUCCCCCUGCGCCGCCACCUCCUCUUCAUGUACUCUCGCCGGAACCCUAGCUUCAUCCCCUUCUCCAUUGCCGCCACCGCCAUCUCCACCCUCCCAACCGACUCCGCCGCCGCCGCCGCCGCCACUCCCAUCUCCGACCGCCUCCGCCUCCUCCACUCGCUCCAAGCCGUCCCCGCCAACCUCCUCCUCUCCCACCCCCUCCCCUCCUCCGCCCACCUCUGCAUCGCGGCUCACCUCCUCGCCCGCGCCCGCCUCUUCCCCCAUUCCCGCAGCCUCCUCUCCCGCCUCCUCGCCCCCGGUCACCGGCCCCACCUCGCCGCCUCCCUCGUCGACCUCCUCCAUCGCGCGGCUCUCGCACUAGGGCCUCGCCGCAGCGCCCUGCCCUCCGUCGUCGACACCCUCCUCUCCCUCCUCGCCGACCGCGGCUUCCUCGACGACGCCGUUCUCGCCCUUGGCCGCGUGCGCGAGCUGCGGGUGCCCCCUAACACCCGCACCUGCAACCACAUCCUCCUCCGCCUAGCGCGAGAGCGCCGCGGCCCGCUCGUCCGGCGGCUAUUUGAGCAGGUGCCCGCCCCCAACGUGUUCACGUUCAACAUCGUGAUCGAUUUCCUGUGCAAGGAGGGGGAGUUAGCGGAGGCAAGAGCAUUGUUCUCGAGGAUGAAGGCAAUAGGUUGCCUACCAGAUGUUGUCACAUACAAUUCUCUCAUUGAUGGGUGUGGCAAAUGCGGGGAGUUGGAAGAGGUGGAGCAGCUCGUCGGGGAGAUGAGGGGGUGUGGAUGCACACCAGAUGUUGUGACAUAUAAUGCAUUAGUCAACUGCUUUUGCAAGUUUGGGAGGAUGGAAAGGGCAUACAGCUACUUUGCUGAGAUGAAGAGGGAAGGAGUGAUGGCUAAUAUAAGGACUUAUAGCACCUUUGUCGAUGCGUUCUGCAAGAAGGGGAUGGUAAGGGAGGCUAUGAAGCUGUUUGCACAAAUGAGGAUCAAGGGGAUGACACCGAAUGAGGUGACAUAUACAUGUUUGGUUGAUGGGACCUUUAAGGCCGGUAGGCUAGAUGAUGCCUUUGUUUUGAUUGAUGAAAUGGUACAGCAAGGUGUGCCAUUGAAUGUGGUCACAUAUACUGUGCAAGUUGAUGGCCUUUGCAAAGAGGGGAAGAUUGCCGAAGCGGAGGAUGUUUUUAGGCUGAUGGAGAAAGCUGGCGUCAAAGCCAAUGAGUUGUUGUACACUACACUAAUUCAUGGGCAUUUUAUGAAUAAAAAUAGUGAGAGAGCACUGGAUUUGUUGAAUGAGAUGAAGGAUAAAGGGAUGGAGCUUGAUGUUUCGCUUUAUGGUGCCCUCAUUUGUGGACUCUGUAAUCUUCAGAAGGUGGAUGAGGCUAAGAGUUUGUUAAAUAAAAUGGAUGAAUGUGGUCUGAAACCCAAUAAUAUCAUCUAUACGAAUAUAAUGGAUGCUUGCUUUAAAGAAGUAAAAGAGUCAGAGGCCAUUGCCCUGCUCCACAAGAUGCAGGACUCUGGGUUCCAACUUAAUGUUGUGACAUAUUGUGCAUUGGUUGAUGGUUUGUGCAAAGCAGGAUCAGUUGACGAGGCAGUCUCACAUUUUAACAAAAUGAGAGACUUAGGAUUAGAGCCUAAUGUACAUACUUACACCGCUUUAAUUGAUGGUUUAUGCAAGAAUGGGUGCUUAACCAAGGCUGUGGCGUUGUUGGAUGAAAUGGCUGGCAAGGGUUUGUCUCUGGAUAAAGUUGUGUACACAUCUCUUAUGGAUGGGUACCUGAAGCAGGGAAAUCUUCAGGAUGCCUUUGCACUCAAGGCCGAGAUGAUCAAUAGUGGUUUGCAACUUGAUCUCUAUGGGUACACUUGUUUUGUAUGGGGAUUUUGUAAUUUAAAUAUGAUGCAAGAAGCUAGAGAAGUUCUUUCAGAAAUGAUUGGAAAUGGUAUUACUCCUGAUACGGUAAUUUACAACUGUCUGAUAAGCAAAUACCAGAAAUUGGGGCAUAUUGAGGAGGCAGCCAGUCUUCAGAAUGAAAUGGAAAGUGUGUUACCCUCUUGUACAAUUGGUGAUGCUGCUCCUGGUUCUGAUGGUUAAACCUGAGCAUCUGCUUGUAAACAGGAUAGCAGCAAAAGCCACUGAACUAAAACACUUCUCUGCUGGUUUUUUGGCUGGUUCAGACUAGUCACGAAACCGCAAUUGAUGCCAAAUUUGAGAAACCAUGUGGAAAUUUCUGAUUAUUUAGAAACAGGUCCCAACAGACAUAAGGACUGAGAAGGAACUCCCAAGUUUUGAAAUGCUCCAUAGGUAAGGUUUCAUGUGUCCAUGAAGAACUCGUCGUCAUUUUUCCCAAACAACAGAUGUCAGAGAUUCAUGAAGAACGACACAUGGUAUUUACCUCAUGUUGCUGAAGAAGCUUUUGCAUAAACCCAAGAGCAGAUGAUGUUGCACCUCUUUUAUCUCGUGCUAUCUUCCUUCUUUAGCAGUGGGACCUGUUAGUCGUAGUCGAACAAUGGACAAAGAGGUGAAGACAACACUGUAUUCUUCUAGACAUUGACCUGCUGAAUAUUGUGGGAGCACACAUUCAUGUCCAUCAGCGGAUCGUAUCACACAGUAGUCAGGUCAAAUUCGUGCUCCAAGCACCUCUGUUUACCUUCAUGAGGUGAUAAAGUUUUCUUUGUGGUCUAUGCUGAAACAGUGUUGACGUUGGUAAGAUUUGCAAAGAGAAGACUGAUUUUGAAGUAUGCCAGGAUGCUUCACAUUCACUUGUUUCUGGUGGUAAUAUGACACAUGAGAAGCAUCGCAGAUCAUAACUCUCUGGUUUGAAACCAAGAUUUGCCACUUAUGCCUACUGCGAUCCUUCAAAGUUCAGUAUCAUCAGGGAUGCAGUGAUCAACAUGGUGUAGAAUGAGUUAUUAUGUUUACAAGCUACGCCAAUAUAAAUCUACCGGGAAAACGUCAUAAGAGGGCUGCACUAACAGGUUCAUCUUGAUGUUGGGCUUGUGCAUAAAAUGGGCCUGCUUAACUGGUCCAGUCCUUACUUCCUGCGAACCAUCAGGUUACUGCUAGUUAUGCAAAGACGUGGUACUUGCAGUGAAAAGUGAUGGAGUAUCUUGGUGAUAGAUAGUGAUCAAAGAACUGGAGAAUGGUACUGAUGUCUGUUGGUUUUGUGAAGAAGAAUAAGAUGAUCGGGAAUUUCCUGGUCCCCAUAGGAAUGAUUCUUUUGGUGGAGGAGGCAUGACGUAUCGGAGUCCUGCAAGCUGCAGAAUAUGCUGGAACUGUUAUUUUUCCUAGUCUAGCAUCUCGUCUCAGACCCAAGUCAAUUGGAUAUAUUGAAUAGCCAGCCAUAAACUCUACAUGAACCGCCUAAACAAAGUUUAAAAUGAAUAGGUCUAGUUUUUCUCUUUUGCACAGUUUUUUUCCUCUUCAAACAGUGUUAUCUAACUAUUGAUUAUUUUUCCCAAGUGAUCUUGCAAUUUGGGUAUUGCAUUUGUUUUA